CCACUAAACCUUUGGUCUUUCUCUAGUUUACCGUUAUUCUUCACCUUCUCCUUUAUCACUUAACUAUACCUCUAAAAAUCAGCAAGAAAUGGUCAAUCUGUUCUUUGUAUUUCAAGAUUUGUGGGGUUGCUGAGGAAUUUCAAGAUUUGUGUCACAUUAAAUACGUAUUAUUCUUGAGUUAACUCGUCAAUUUUUCAAGAUUAUGGCAGCAUUAGCACCAGGGAUAUUGUUGAAGUUACUGAAUGGAAUGAAAUCAGGUGUAAAGCCUACAAGUGAACAUAGGAGUUCACUUUUGCAAGUUACUGAUAUUGUUCCUGCUGAUCUUGAUGAGAAGAAUUUAUGGCCAAAACAUGGAUUUUUCAUCAAAGUUUCGGAUUCUUCGCAUUCGAUUUAUGUAAGUUUACCAUUUGAGCAAGAUGAUUUGGUUUUAAGUAAUAAGAUGCAGCUAGGACAGUUCAUUUAUGUGGAUAGAUUAGAGCCCGGUUCGCCUGUUCCUGUUGUUAAAGGCGCUAAGCCUCUCCCUGGAAGGCAUCCACUUGUUGGAACUCCGGAACCAUUGAUGGGGUUGAGAGAAAAAGGUCCAAGAAGGGGUUCUUGGGGUAUGAGCCAAAAUGGUGGAGAAGUUGUUGUUGCUGCUGCAUCAUCACCUCAAGUGUUGAAGCCAGUUCCUAUUGAUUUCGAUCAAUGUACACCGAUAAAAGACAAGUCUAGUGGUGUUAAAUUUGCGCGGAUUAUUCCAAUGUCACCUGUUAUUCGGGGAAAAUUUUCCAAAGAUGGUGGAGGAGCUAGUGGUGGGGGGAUGGCAAUAAGGUCGUCAGCUGGUGGCACAUUGUUGUUGUCUAAAUUGAUGGAGGCUAAAGGGGAAAGUCCUUCUAUAGUCAGAAAAAGUUGUGCUGCUACCCCUACCAUGAUGAAGUUUCCUAGGAGCAGAAGCGUAACAGAUCGCGAUCGAGAACAAAGAAUUGUCAAUUCACCUUUGAACUCAAUUACUCAAGAAAAGAAAAGUUCAACUCCACCACCAAGUUUAAGGGGUGCAAGAAUGGCAGCUUCUCCAACAGUAGGCAGAGAUUCUCAACGACUUCCCAAUUCGAAAAAGUCAUCUCAAGAACAGCAACAAUCUCAGCCUAUUGAUGCAUCACCUCAUGACAACACCAGCCUUGCUGUAAAUUUGCCUGGAAAACUCAGUAUGUUGGGAAAGGAAGCUGUACAGCAAAGGGAAAAUGCACAGAAAAUUGCUCUUCAAGCACUAAGGGAUGCAUCAGCUACGGAAAAUCUUGUCCGGUCUCUAAAGAUGUUUUCGAACUUGAGUAGAGCUGCAAAACUGGAUGCACCAGCAACCUGUUUUGAUCAAUUUCUUGAGUUUCAUGAACAACUUGUGCAAGCUGUGGCAGAAAUGGUAUCAAUUCAAGCGGCAACAGCUUCAAACGAAACAUUACAAACUCCAAAUGCUGAACCAGAGAAUGGCUGCGGCGCCCCUAUUCUAUACGAAAUAGUGCAGAAUUCACUGGAAGAAUCACGAGACAGUGAAUCAAAUGCAUCGAAGCGGAGAGCUGCACUAUACAAAUCCAUUGCAGUCUUCCCUGAAAGGAGUGAUCAAAAGUCAAUUCUUGGAAAGCAUUUGAGAUCAACAUCAAAGGCAAUAAAAGGAGCAUCAAAUAUUAACAUAAAUGAGAAUGAUGAGAACAAGAAACCGGUGGCUUCUUCUUCUUCGACAAGCAGCAGCAUUUCCAACACAAUCAAAUUGGGAAAGCAGAUUGAGAGUGAAUCAGGAAGUUGGUUUAUGGAUUUUCUUGAAAAGGCGCUGGAGAAAGGGCUGAAAAAGGCUAAAGGGAAAAAAGAAUCAGAUUCUUCUGGCAAGGUCCCUCAAUCUCUCUUGCUUAAAGUGAUCAACUGGGUAGAGGUGGAACAAUUUGAUUCGAAUAAACGUCCUAUUCAUCCUAAAGCAGGACAAAUUGCAAGAAAGUUGAGGAUCAAGGUGAAGAAUCCGUGAGAAAAGAAGUGUUUUUACUGUUUAAGAAACUCAGAUUUAUUGUAUUGUAUCAAACAUUCUUUGAUAAGUUUGUGGAGACUGCUGUUUUAUUUUUGUGCUUGA